CAGUUUACCUCCUCCUCGCCAGCCCAAUGGCCGCUGCGACGGCGCCGCCCCCGCCGGCGAUCGCCGCCACCUUCUCGGCCCUCCUACGCCGCCACGCCGUCCGUACCUGCAGAAUCCGACCCUUCUACGCGAGAUGCGUCGCGUCCAACGCGAGAGCCGAGGCGGCGGAGCCGGAGUGCCGGAGUGGAGGCCGCGGCGGGACCCGCCUGGAGGAGGCCGUGCCCGCCGGGGAGGGGCGCUCGCGGAUCGACGCCUGGAUAUCGGCGCGGUUGGGCGGCGGGGGUGUGAGCCGCGCGCGCGUGCAGGCCAGCAUCCGCGCGGGACUCGUCGCCGUCAAUGGCCGCCCGGUCUCCAAGGUUUCACAUAUGGUGAAGGGUGGGGAUCUGGUCAGUUGCACAGUGUCAGAGUUACAGCCACUGAGGGCAGAGGCAGAGGACAUCCCGCUAGACAUUGCUUACGAAGAUGACCAUGUUCUUGUUGUGAACAAACCAGCUCAUAUGGUUGUUCACCCUGCGCCAGGAAAUGCAAAUGGCACCUUGGUCAAUGCUAUACUUCACCACUGCAGGAUUUCCACGUUUACAUGUUUGGCACGCAAUUCAUCUGGUGAUGAAUGCCCAGAUUCUUCAGAUGACGACAUUGAUGUAUUUGAUGUUGAUCAAUUUGCUACGGAAGAUGUUAGUUCCGAAGUGCGGGAUGCUCUUGUGCGCCCAGGUAUUGUGCACAGGCUUGAUAAGGGGACAAGUGGACUUCUUGUUGUUGCUAAGGAUGAGCAUUCUCAUGCUCAAUUAGCCGAACAGUUCAAGCUGCACACGAUUCGUAGAGUGUACAUCAGUCUUACUUGUGGCGUACCUCAUCCAAAUUCUGGCAGGAUUGAAGCAUCUAUUGCACGUGAUCCUAACAAUAGGAUUCGUAUGGUUGCUAUUGCUGGCUCAGGCCACAGAUAUGCACGUAAUGCUGCUAGUAGGUACAAAGUAAGAGAGGUCUUUGCUGGUGGUGGAUCCGCACUAGUAGAGUGGAGACUGGAGACAGGACGCACUCACCAGAUCCGUGCGCAUGCGAAGUAUCUAGGGAUCCCACUUCUUGGUGAUGAAACGUAUGGCGGUACCAAAAGCAUGGCACUGUCACUUUUGAGACCAAGAACCCCUUCAAAAUAUCAUAGUGCACUUUCGGAUCUGAUAUCUAAAGUAGACAGGCCAUGCCUUCAUGCUGCAUUGCUUGGAUUCAAGCAUCCACAUUCAGGAAAGAUCCUUGAAUUCUCAUGCCCCCCACCAGAUGAUUUUACUGAGGUACUUGGUGAAUUGCGACGUGUAACAUCUGGUGACUAAAAUGGUGGUGUUGUGCGAUUCUGUGCCAAAGCGAGCUGGGGAGCAAUGUUUAGCCUGUAAUAUGUCUUGUUUAAGGUCUGCUUUAUCAGAUCUGUGUCCGCGGCGAGGCUGACAGGCUGUCGCUGAUAGAUUCAGUGGUUAAACUGCAGAAGCCCACAAGCUUUUGAACUCCUCCAGUGGGGCGAUGAAAGAAACACUGGGGAUGUUGAACAAAAGCAUGGAAAUCUUGAACGUUUCUUUUUUUUGAAGACCUAGAAAUAGGGUUUUAG